GUGAUCAUCCAUUGAUUGUUCAAUUUGCUGCUAAAGAAGCACAAGUUUUGUGUGACGCUGCCCGUAUCGUCUGUCCUUUUGCAGAUGGAAUAGACCUAAACUGUGGCUGUCCUCAGAGAUGGGCGAUGGCAGAAGGUUAUGGUGCUUGCUUAAUAAAUAAACCAGAACUAGUUCAAGAUAUGGUGAGACAUGUACGAAAUCAGAUCGACAACCCUAGAUUUUCAGUAUCUAUUAAAAUAAGGAUCCAUGAGGACUUAAAAAGAACAGUUGACCUGUGUCAAAAAGCUGAAGCAACUGGAGUUUCGUGGAUUACAGUACACGGGAGAAGCGUAGAAGAGAGACAUCAGCCUGUACAUUAUGAUGCCAUUAAAAUAAUUAAACAGAGCAUGUCUAUACCUAUUGUGGCUAAUGGAGACAUUAAAACUUUAAAAGACACUGAAAAUGUUCAUCGCUUGACAGGAGCAGAUGGUAUAAUGGUGGCUAGAGGACUCUUAGCAAAUCCGGCUAUGUUUGCAGGAUACGAAGAGACACCUUUGAAGUGCAUCCAGGACUGGGUUGACGUUGCUCUUGAGCAUGGAACUCCUUUUACGUGUUUUCACCACCACUUAAUGUACAUGAUGGAACGGAUAACUUCAAAACAAGAAAAAAAAGUUUUUAAUGUUUUAUCAAGUACCUCAGCAGUACUAGAUUAUCUGAAUGACCAUUAUGGUGUGUGCUGACUGAAAGUAUUUUAGUUCUAUGUAAACUUGUAUUUUGCAAUUGUCGAUACAUUGUUAAAGUUUUGAUUGGAUUCCUACUUUUUAGUCACAUUCAUAUAUUGCCUAAGUAUUUUCAACACAGCAUAACAUGAUCAGGGUGAUACUUUAUAUUUUUAGUAUUUUUAUGUCAGCAUUUUGCACUCAAGAAAAUAUUCCAUAUUCCACAAAUGUGGAAUUCUAUUUACAAUGCACUACUACACAGAGGAUUGAUUAUUGUAAGACUCCAGUAAUUUAAUUUUUUUUUUCACCAGACAAUUGCUUACAGCAAUGUGUUUGCAAAACUAGGGCCUUUCUUA